GCAGCCAAGGGGGAGCCCGCGCCGCGCCGGCAGUUGCCAAGGGAGAGUUCCAAGCCCACGUCAGGGGAGGUGUCGGGAUAAAUAGGGUCCCGCAAUGGCCGUGGCCGGAGGCGCUCCGAGCUGCGGGGUCCAGGAUUGGAGCUGCCCGGGCGGGUUCGCGCCCAGGAGACUGAGGGCUGGCGCUGCUCGUGCUCAGGGCGCGGGACGGCGGAGAUCCGCGGCGGGAUCCUGCGGCCCCGCCAUUGCCUCCGACUGGAGUUUGGGGAACGAACCUUUCCUGUGCCCCCAAAGGACUUUCUCCUCGGAGAAGGGACAGAUAAAGACGAGAGGGGGCGGGACGUGAAGGGCUCUUUCUGCCUGUCAGGGUCGCAGCGCGGAAGGGCAGUGCCAUGCUCCUCUCCAUCCUGGUGGCGUUGGGCCUGUGGCUGCGCCUGGCGCUGGGCGUGCGCGGCGCGCCCUGCGAGGCGGUGCGCAUUCCCAUGUGCCGGCACAUGCCCUGGAACAUCACGCGGAUGCCCAACCACCUGCAUCACAGCACGCAGGAGAAUGCCAUCCUGGCCAUCGAGCAGUACGAGGAGCUGGUGGACGUGAACUGCAGCGCUGUGCUGCGCUUCUUCCUCUGCGCCAUGUACGCCCCCAUCUGCACCCUGGAAUUUCUGCAUGACCCCAUCAAGCCGUGCAAGUCGGUGUGCCAACGCGCGCGCGAUGACUGCGAGCCUCUCAUGAAGAUGUACAACCACAGCUGGCCCGAGAGCCUGGCCUGCGACGAGCUGCCCGUCUACGACCGCGGAGUGUGCAUCUCCCCUGAAGCCAUCGUCACUGACCUCCCAGAGGAUGUUAAGUGGAUAGACAUCACACCAGACAUGAUGGUACAGGAAAGGCCUCUGGAUGUUGACUGUAAACGCCUAAGCCCUGAUCGGUGCAAGUGCAAAAAGGUGAAGCCAACUUUGGCAACGUACCUGAGCAAAAACUACAGCUAUGUCAUUCAUGCCAAAAUAAAAGCGGUGCAGAGGAGUGGCUGUAAUGAAGUCACCACAGUGGUAGAUGUAAAAGAGAUCUUCAAGUCCGCAUCGCCCAUCCCUCGAACUCAAGUCCCACUCAUUACGAAUUCUUCCUGCCAAUGUCCACAUAUCCUGCCCCAUCAAGACGUUCUCAUCAUGUGUUAUGAGUGGCGCUCAAGGAUGAUGCUUCUUGAAAAUUGUUUAGUUGAAAAAUGGAGAGAUCAACUUAGUAAAAGAUCCAUACAGUGGGAAGAGAGAAUGCGAGAACAGCGGAGAAUAACUCAGGACAAGAAGAAAACAGCCGGGCGCACCAGUCGUAGUAAUCCCCCGAAACCAAAAGGAAAGCCGCCUGCUUCCAAACCAGCCAGCCCCAAGAAGAACAUUAAAACUAGGAGUGCCCAAAAGAAAACAAACCCCAAAAGAGUGUGAGCUAACUACUUUCCAAGAUGGAGACUUCUGACUUCCUUACGGGGUGAGGCCAGGCACUACCUAGGACAGCCUGUGUAAGGCCACACACCCUUUGCCUUAACAACUUACUGCCGUACUCUUCGUAGACACCUCUUGCAGCAUUUUUCUUCAUGAUAUGCUUCAUUUUUUUUCCUUUUAAGCCACCACAAGCCAUAGUGGCAGGUUUGCCCUUUGGUAUGAAAGAUGCAUUAAAGCUGGAGGAAAAAGCUUAUUGCAUCCAGAGUAGCUUGUAUGUGCAUACUCUAUGAGAUUUUUGUGUGGGGAGCAUAAAGCUUUUUACAAUUUGACCUAAUAUGUGCAUUGAAAAAUAAAUGCCAUAUUUCAAACAAAGCACCUAAUUUUUUAACAAUAUAUUUUAUUCUCACUUGAGUUCUGUUGUUACAAUGUUGGUAAUGUUUUAAAAUGUGAUUGAAAAUGUAAUGCUUCUAAGGAGGAGGAAAACAAGAGAAAUGAAUGUUUAAAAGAUAUCUACGUGUUUAUUGUCUGCAGAAGGGUUUUUGUGAUGAAAGAGGAUUUUUUUUAAAUCCUAGAGAAGUAGGAUGUGCAAAAUUGUAAUGUGUCUACAAAGAAGACUUUCUGCUUUGUUUUUAGCCAGAAAAUAGAAAAGCUAAAAUAACUAUAAUGAAAAAUAAAUAAAAAGGAGAGGCAGACA